CUCUUAGCUCAUUUUCGCUAAGACUUCUGUUCUAUUUCGUCGUACACUGUACCUUCUCUCUCUCUCUCUCUCUCUCUCUCUUGAUCUCGAUCUCGAUCGCGUAAUCUAUACAUACACGUGUAUGUAUAUAUAUAGUCGCAAGCCUUUUGCUCAAAAUUUUGAAUCCCUUUGUGAAAGGGGUUGAUUUUGUGGUCGAAUCUUUUCGUUUGCUACUGCCCCUGUGUUCCUGGGUUUUGUUGUUUCGUUGUCUUUCUUCUGGUCUACUACGAGAAAACAUAAUCAGGCUCUCUUGGUUUGGACAAAAGGAAAAUCAUGUCGGGUGGAGGAUCGCAGAGCAGUUUAAGAAAAUAUUUGGGAGCUAUCAAGGAUACCACCACGGUUUCACUAGCUAAGGUUAAUAGCGAUUACAAGGAAUUGGAUAUUGCUAUUGUCAAGGCUACUAAUCAUGUUGAGCGGCCUUCGAAUGAAAAGUACAUCAGAGCUAUUUUCAUGGCUAUUUCAGCCACUAGGCCUCGUGCGGAUGUGGCUUAUUGCAUCCAUGCUUUGGCAAGACGGCUAUCAAGAACGCAUAACUGGGCGGUUGCACUGAAAACUCUUAUCGUUAUUCACCGUGCGUUGAGGGAAGUGGACCAGACGUUUCACGAAGAAGUUAUUAACUACAGCAGAAGCAGGAGCCAUAUGCUUAACAUGUCUCACUUCAAAGAUGAUUCCAGCCCAAAUGCGUGGGAUUACUCUGCAUGGGUCCGUGCCUAUGCCUUAUUCUUAGAAAGUUGGUUGGAGUGUUUCCGCGUCUUGAAGUAUGAUGUUGAAAUCGAUGCCCCGAGAACCAAAGAUUUGGACACUCCUGGUUUGCUUGAACAACUACCAGCUUUACAGCAGCUCCUUUUCCGUGUUCUCGGUUGUCAGCCUGAAGGAGCAUCGGUUCACAACCACAUAAUCCAGUUGGCACUCUCGAUGGUUGCUUCCGAGAGCACCAAAAUUUACCAAGCACUAACAAAUGGCAUAGACAAUUUGGUCGAUAAGUUCUUCGAGAUGCAACGAAAUGAUGCUUUGAAGGCAUUGGAUAUCUACAGACGGGCAGGAAAACAGGCCGAGAGGCUGUCAGAAUUCUACGAAGUUUGCAAAAGUAUUUAUAUCGGACGUGGAGACAGGUUUACAAAGAUUGAACAGCCUCCCGCAUCUUUUCUACAAGCCAUGGAAGAGUAUGUGAUGGAAGCUCCAUUGACCGUAGGAGUUAAGAAGGAGCUGGCUGUUGGCAAUAAACUUACGGCUCCUAAAGAAGUUUUGGCCAUAGAGUACGAAAAGCCUCCGGAGGUAGUUGAAGAGAAACCGUCAACGCCUCCUCCUCCAGAAGUGGUUAAAGAGGAGACACAGAAGCCCGUUGCUCAACAACCUGAUUUGCUGUCUUUGGAUGACCCGGCCCCCGUGGUUGCGGAAAUAGAAGAGAAAAAUGCAUUGGCUUUGGCUAUUGUCCCCGUCACUUAUGAUCAACCAACUUCGGCAACUGUUGGAACGAAUGUAAGUUCGACCGGUUGGGAACUGGCGCUUGUAACCACCCCGAGCUCAAAUGAACAUGCUGCUGCCAAUAGCAAACUGGCGGGUGGUCUGGACAAACUCACACUAGACAGCCUAUAUGAUGAUGCAAUCAGAGCGAGCAACCAGACCAGAAGCUACAACCCGUGGGAACCAGCCUCAUUUCACAACGGCUCGAUGGUCCAGACCACGAUGAUGCACCAGGACCCUUUCUUUGCCUCUAACCCCACAGUCUCAGCUCCUCCCUCGUUUCAGAUGUCAUCAAUGGGGAAUCAUCAUCAUCAUCAACAGGGGUUCAUGUACGGACAACCUAACCAGGGAAUGACGAUGAGACCUCCUCUGCAACAUCCGAACCCUUAUGGCAGCAACCCUUUCGUCUCCAACGGUAACACGAAUACAUACGGACAUGGCGUUCCGGUUCAGGGUUAUAAUCCUUAUUCAAGCUUUCUCUGAGGUUUGAUACUGUGACUAUUGAUAUGCAAACCCCGUGGUAUUGGAUAUACCCCCACUCAGGUACGAGGAACAGGGGAGGAUGUCAUGUCAUUGUACAAUAUAUACACGUAUGCGUUGUGAUCUGAUCUGAUCUGAUCAUGUUUGUAGCUAUAGAGAUUUCUUUGACAUGGUAAAUAGUAUUUGUAUUUUUUUUUCCCAUUUUGUCUUUGGAAGAAAUCAUUUGAUUAUUCAUUUGUGUUGAUGAUUGUGUAAUAAUAACGUCUUUAAACCCUUUGUUUU